AUGAGCCACGAAGGGGCCUCCGCGAGCGACGAAGUGGUCUCAAUGGUCUCAAGUGGUCCCAUAUGGUCCCUAAGUGGUCUCAAUGGUCCCAUGUGGUCUCAAGUGCUCCCAUAUGGUCUCAAGUGCUCCCAUAUGGUCUCAAGUGCUCCCAUAUGGUCCCUAAGUGGUCUCAAGUGGUCCCAUGUGGUCUCAAGUGGUCCCAUGUGGUCUCAAGUGGUCUCCUAUGGUCCCAUAUGGUCUCAAGUGGUCUCCUAUGGUCCCAUAUGGUCUCAAGUGGUCCCAUGUGGUCUCAAGUGGUCCCUAAGUGGUCUCAAGUGGUCUCAAGUGAUCCCGUGUGGUCCCAUGUGGUCUCAAAUCCGUAGAAGUGCUGAUUUUCCUUGGUCUUCUUGGUUUAUGCUGGUUUUCCUGACCUGCAGAUAG